AUGGGAGAGAAUGUAGGCAGAGCACAUGUACUGGUGCUGAGCUUUCCUUGGCAUGGUCAUGUAAGUCCAUUGCUACAAUUUGCGAGGCGCUUGGCAUGCAAAGGCAUCAGAGUCACCUUCGCUUCCUCACUCUCUGCAACGCAGUCCAUUCAAACUGGGAAUCACUUGAUCUCUCUCCUGCCCACCUAUGAUGAUGUCACACAGGACGGCCUCAAAGGCUGGUCCGGGCGUCUUAGCUUUCUCGAAAAGUUCCAAAAUAGCACCACGAAGAUCUUGUUCGAUUUCAUUCAGAAAAGCCUGCAAGAAUCAGAUGAGAGGAGAAAGGUCAAAUGCUUGGUUUAUGAUUUUGAUAUUGGUUGGCCACUGGAUAUUGCAAACCAGAGCGGUGUUCAAAGUGCGGCAUUUCUCACUCAAACACUGGGUUCUACUGCGGCUUAUUAUAUGUUGAAUCUGAAGGUGCACGGUAAGAAGUUGAAUGUGCCUCCUUUAGACAUGCCAGAUUUCUCUGACACUGGACUUUCAGACGUAGUAGAUGGUCCGGGGUUAGGUAGGAUUUCCCCUUUUCUCAUAGCUACAUUAAGCAAGUUUGAUACCUUUGGGAAGGCAGAUUUGUACUUUUGCCACACUUUUGAUAAGAUGGAACAUGAGGUAUUGGAAUGGAUGAAGAACAUCUGCCCCACAAUCGCAGCAAUAGGUCCAACGAUACCAUCAGCGUACUUGGACAAUAGAGUGGAAGACAACAUAGACUACGGUUUUAACAUGAACAAACUAGAUAGCAGUACAUGUCUGGACUGGCUCAACACAAAAGAACGAAACUCGGUGGUCCAUGUUGCGUCUGGGAGUAUGGCUGCCAUAAAAUUAGAAGAGGUGAAGGAAAUAGCAAUGGCACUCAAAAACCUUGGCUGCGAUUUCCUAUGGGUGAUGAAGGAAGCUGAAAUGCCAAACCUUCCAUUAAACUUCAUAAAGGAAACAUUUGAGAAAGGGAUGUUUGUGACGUGGUGCCCUCAGGUGCAGGUGUUGUCUCACCCUGCGGUAGGCUACACUGUGACGCACUGUGGGGCAAAUUCCCUUAUGGAGGCCAUAGUGUUUGGAGUUCCAAUGGUGGCAAUGCCUAUGUUUCGCUGA